AUGAAUCGCUUUGCUACUGUUGCUCCCUGCUUGCUUUGCGGGCGUAUGAUCUUUGACGGCGAAGUUAGAAAUGCCCCAACUUGGCUGAACCAGUUCCGCAUACUCUAUUCUCACAGAGAUGUCAUAUCAAUCACAGGAGUGGGCUAUUACAGGGACGGUUCAUUUGGUUGCUGGAUCGCGCCACCAGAUUAUGAAACUCGCUGGGAUCAUGAGGGUUAUGACUGGCCCAGCUACCACCGCAUCGGUGUAUUGCGCGAACCUCCGGUGCAAGGUCGCUGGGGGCUUGCUUUUCACGAAGCUUGCUGGUCGCUACUGGAAGUCGCAGUCGCUCCCAGCUCGGUGCCGCUGAAGCGACUCUUUGAUCUCUGCAGGUCGUUUCCCAUCCCCAACGGCGAGCACGCGCCUAAUUGGGGCCAUUACUACGGCGGCCUGAAUGAAGAGCAUCCCGAUAAUGGUCUUUCCUUCGAAGUCAAUGAUCAAUACACGAGGCACCACCGGCUCUGCAUCACGCAAACCGCCAAGCGAAAUCCAUUUCACGUUCCAAACCUCAACAGGCUUUGCGUUGCGUCCACCGAAGACACGCCACAGCUCGGUUUCACAGGGGUGCAGACUUUUGACCCUUUCGCUUUCCUGCCGCCAGAGCUGCGCAUGUACAUUGCGGCCUUGCUUCCAACCCGAGACGUUCUCGCCAUGCGGCUGGCCUCGCCCUUGUUCACCCCCAUGUUUCACGAGCAGCGAUUCUGGGCGACGCGGUUCGGGCCCGGAAGUGAGCGCAGCUGGGUGUUUGAAUCGCGGGGCUGGGACUGGUCGACGGACUGGCGACGGCUGUAUCGCCAAACAAACCUGGCGCGUCGCUCGCAGGCCAUGCAUAAUAGGGAGAGGGUGUGGCUGCUCGCUCUGUACGUCAAAUCGCUAUUCGCGCCGAGGUUUGCGAAUCCAGAAAGCACUAUGGUGCCGUGGUGUUCGGAUAUGCAUCAUUGGAGUACGGCUGCGGUCGAUGUACACACAUGGGACGCCAAGGCUCCGUAUAGAGACUUUUCUGCCGGCUGUGUCACUCAUCAUGAGAGUAGAAGAACCCCCCUUCCCCGUUUUAUUGACCGGAUCUCCUUUUAUCUCAGCUGGAUUGGAGAGGUCCAAUACGUCGUGGGCUUGAGGGUAGUUGGCACAUGUGGUGCUGUUGUGGAACUGGGAUACAUGGCCCAAGAGGCGGCCAUUCAAGUCUGUGGGAAGGCCUUGACUGGGCUUCGUUUAGCUUUGUCACCCACAGGAAUCCGAGCCGUUCGAUGUGUCUUUGAAGCCGGCAUUGAGGCACCCUGGAUCGGAUCCCUUACCGACGCGUCGGAAACGACGAGGUUGGUGUCUUCAGGACGGCUUUCCGCGAUUUUUGCGCGUUUUGAUGGCUGCCGGAUUACUAGUCUCAGUUUCGCGGCAACCAAGUGGAAGUAUCCAUCGCUGCGCGAUACUGCCGUGUGGCGGGAGGGCGUCCCGAACCAAACGCUGCGGCUGAACGAGGCCUCCUUUUCCGUCAUGUAUGCCGACGAUGGCCUCUACGACCCAGUCCAGCGGAGCGUGUUUGGUGGCACCAACGGCCAGAGUCUGCGCUACCUGACAGGCAUACACGCGUACGUAACACUGACGCCGUGCGUGCUCGAGUUUGCGUUUGCGCCCGGCCAUCUCGACUAUCUCGACACAUGCCAGGAUCUGGGCGUGUUGUCGGACUCGGACAUGGUGGAGCUGCAGCGUUUUCGCAUCGACGGUCCUGGCGGCGAGCGCAUCAACGGCGUAGAGCUGUACGUGCGGCACGACCCAAAUGGUAGCUAUCUGAAUAAUGAGGCCAACGCCGCGUUGGAUUCAUUCAAGGCAAGUUUUCCCUGGGGCUUCUUGUGCUUGUAUGAAAACAUGCUAAUGAGGUGGUUAGGUUUUUACGAAUCGGGGUCGGUCAUGUCACUUUCAGCAUACGCGAAAGUCUGA